GCGGCGGCGGCGGUGGCGGAGGCGGCGGCUUGCGGAGUAAAACGGGAGCUGCGGUCCGUCGUCCGCCGGCCGCGAUGGGGGAGCCCCAGCAGGUGAGCGCCCUGCCCCCGCCGCCCAUGCAGUACAUCAAGGAGUACACGGACGAGAACGUGCAGGAGGGGCUGGCACCCAAGCCCCCGCCGCCCGUCAAGGACAGCUACAUGAUGUUCGGCAACCAGUUCCAGUGCGACGACCUCAUCAUCCGGCCGCUGGAGAGCCAGGGCAUCGAGCGGCUGCACCCGCUGCAGUUCGACCACAAGAAGGAGCUGCGCAAGCUCAACAUGUCCAUCCUCGUCAACUUCCUGGACCUGCUGGACAUCCUCAUCCGCAGCCCCGGCAGCCUCAAGCGCGAGGAGAAGCUGGAGGACCUCAAGCUGCUCUUCGUGCACGUCCACCACCUCAUCAACGAGUACCGGCCCCACCAGGCCCGCGAGACGCUGCGCGUCAUGAUGGAGGUGCAGAAGCGCCAGCGCCUCGAGACGGCCGAGCGCUUCCAGAAGCACCUGGAGCGCGUCGUCGAGAUGAUCCAGACCUGCCUGGCCUCGCUGCCCGACGACCUGGCCCCCGCCGAGGCCGGCGCGCGCGUCAAGGCCGAGCCCAUGGAGGCCGAGGAGGGGGGCGGCGGUGGUGGCGGCGGAGGUGGCGGUGGUGGUGGUGGUGGUGGCGGCGGCGGGCCCGGCAAGAGUGACCCGCAGAGGGACAGCGCCGGCCACCGGCGGGACCAGAUCCUGGAGAAGGACGCAGCCUUGUGUAUCUUGAUCGACGACAUGAAUGAAAGGCCCUGAGGGAGGGAGGCGGGUCUGGCUGUGUGUGUGUGUGUGUGUGUGUGAGAGAGAGAGAGAGAGAGAGAGAG